GCCAGCGUUCAGAGGGGAAGGACGUGUGUUCCAGGGCACUUUCAGUCACUCUCUCUCACACCUCCGCCACCACCACCACCACCACCACCAGGACCGAAGCGUACUGUGCAUCAUGACAUAGAAGGCUGAGUAAGAGAGGCAGGCAGUCAGGAUGGAGAUGCUGGAGCCGCUGGUGCUGCUGGCUGCCCUCAUGCUGCUGGUGUUGAUCAUCGCUGUCACACAAGUGCUUCUCGACAGCAACCUCUUUCUCAGCAGCAUAGAGCAAGCACGCUGAUCUACCAACACGCCACCUAGCACCUGCCAGCACUAUACCGCCUCGUUUAAGCACCUCUUCACCGCUAAGGCUACAUAAAAGCACUGAAUUGGCUAUAUAAGUGGUCUACAGGAAUACCGUCAACAGUUUUGUCUCGGUUCAAGCCAACCAACACUUCCCAGCACCUUUUCAAGCACUAUCGUAAGUCAUAAGCACCUCUUCACCGCUAAAGCCACAGAAAAGCACUUAACCUCAGGAGACGUCAAAGCCAUAUUGUCAGCACUCGUCUAGCACCUUACAGUACCUUUUUCAAGCACUUUAUGGUUUUUCGUAGCACUUUUCAAUUGCUUACGAUUUACAUAAGCAUUUUAAGCACCUAUUCGAGACUCCCACAAGCAUAUUAUCAGCACAAGCGCAAUUCAGCCCCAUUUUUAAGCACCGCAAUCACUCAGGGUAUUCUUAAAGGUCAUCAGUGCAAGCAGAUUUUCGCUUAAACCCACAACAAGCACUCAGACAUUACUCCAGGACUACAAUAGCUUCAAAACACGACGUAAGUUUCAUACUAGCACUCAGGCAUGAGCACUUUCUUACAAGCCGUUCAGCGCAACCUUAAUCAGCCGUCAGCACCCUUAAACUGCAUUCAAGAUUACUGGUUUGAUUAAUGCAGGGAAUUGAAUGAUAAGAACUAAUAUUAAUACUACGUUGAUUAUAAAAAAAAACUACAUUCCCGGGUACACACAUUCACACACACACACACACACACACACACACACACACACCCACACACACACACACAUACAAUUUUCCACACCGAAUUCUUUGACAAAUAGAACGCUUUACACAACGAAAUCGCGCGUGCAAAAUUUAUACCCAACUUUAGGAGAAUCAUACGACAAAAUGUGAGGAAAUUCCGUGCAGUACGAAGCUGAUUCCGUCUUGGGAAAAUGCAAAUAAGCGCGAGCAGAUAAGUGAACUAUGAAUACACCCUCGCACUCGCACGUUUAGAGAAAGUGUUGACCUCGAGGAAGGAUGAAAAGAAUUAUUAAUAGAGUGACACAGCAAAUGAAAAGCAAAGAAACGUGCCUGAGCGUUAAUUUACGAGGCACGAGAUGAAAUGAAAGGCCGCCAGACCCUGAGACUUGGAGAAAAAUAUGACGGGGGAAGAUGAAGAAAUACCGGAUAUCCUGGUCAGGACGAAAAUGACUUCUGAAAACUUUUAAACACUGUGGAAAUAGUUGAGGGAACUGCAAUAAUCUGAAGAAAUAUUGUGGUGAGAGGAAGACAUAAAUAUUAAACUUGUAAAAUAUAAUAAUGUUCUUUGUGGGGAGUGAAGUGAAAUAUUAAUCUUAACAGGAAAAUUUUGAGGAAGCUGCAAUAAUUUGAUGAAAUAUUGUGGUGAGAAGAAAAUCAUAAAUAUUAGACUUGAAAAAUAUAAUGUUCUUUGUAGCGAGUGAAGGAAAUACAAAUCUGAACAGGAAAAUGAACAUAGAAAAGGAAAACUGAAUUAUUAUGUCAUGAAAAAAAUUAUAACCUAAGAAAAUAGUGGUGAAAGGGAAACCAUUAAUAUUAGACUUGAGAAAUAUAAUAAUCUUUGCAGUGAGUGAAGGGAAUACAAAUCUGAAUGGGAAAAUUAACAUAGAAAAGAAAAACAGAAUUAUUAAGUCCUGAAAAAAAAUAUAACCUGAGAAAAUAUUGUGGUGAAAGGGAAACCAUUAAUAUUACACUUGAAAAAUAUAAUCACCUCUGUAGCGAAUGAAGGAAAUACAAAUCUAAACAGGAAAAUUAACACAGGAAAGAAAAACAGAAUAUGAAAUGCUGAUAAAAAUAAGUCUGAGAAAAUAUUGUGGUGAAAGGGAAACCAUAAAUAUUAGACUUAGAAAAUAUAAUAAUGUCUGUAACGAGUGAAAUAAAUGGAAAAUUGGACAGGAAAAUUAAAACAGAAAAGAAAAACUGAAUUAUUAAAAGCUGGAAAAUAUAAUAAGUGAAAAAACAUAAAUAUUAGACUGAAAAAAAGUACAUAAUAAUCUUUGCAGCGAGCGAAAUAAAUGGAAAACUCAACAGGAAAAUUAGCACAGAAAAGAAAAACUGAAUUAUGAAAACCUGAAAAAUAUAAUAACUGAAAAAACAUAUAUUAGACUGAAAAAAAAAUACAUAAUAAUCUUUGUAGCGAGCGAAAUAAAUGCAAAUCUGAACAAGAAAAUUAACAAAGAAAAAAAAACAUAAUUAUCAACUGCUAAAAAUUAAUAAAUGGGUUAAAGAGAUCAAGUAAUUCUUCAACAGGGACAAAUUACAGAAAAAAAAUGUGUAAUCUUGAAAGAACUUAAUUAAAAAAAGCUGGACUAACAUUAUGAAGCGAGAGGACCUGUGAAUUUAGAGCAAGAAGGAUUUAAAAUGAAUUGUACGUUACUUUUAAAAGAAAAAUAGUGAAAAAAACAGUAAACAAAUUCAGCAAAGAAGUAAAAAAAUAAAAAAAGGUAAAGGCUAUCCAAGAAAUAUAUAUAAAAAAAUCAAGUGACCUAAUUACACUUUAAAAGGAAAAAAAAAACUACAUAUCAGAGGAGUGACGGAAAGUAAUAGAGGAGAGGGAAAGAGAGAGAGAGAGAGAGAGGGAGAGGGAGUGAGAAAACGAGGAGAGGAAGGAAGGAAAGAAGAAAAAAAAGUGAGUGAGUGAGUGAGUGAGAGAAAAAGUGAGGAAAAACUUCUAAUAAGCCUUCCAACUGGAUUUUACACUUUCAAAAUGAGACGAAGGGGGGACAGAACCCCUCCCAGAACAACCUCCUGACCCAUCCACCAACCUAAGCAAACCCACCACAAACCUCACCCAACGACAAGACCGCAACCACAACCCAACGAAAAUGUGGUGCGGUGGAGGUGAGGUUUUGGUUGUGGUGGUGGUGGUGGUGCUGGAGGUGGUGGUAGUGGACUCCUGGACACCAUAUAAGGAAGGUCACGCCACCCCCACGCUCUCAACUGAAGGAUCCCAAGCUGUAGGAUCUCAGGGGGUAUCCUAUGGGAGUCCUGUGAGGAUAAGGAGUCAUCGUCACUCACACUCCUUCUCCUCCUCACCCUCGAAGCUACUACACACGUUCUCCUCCUCCUCCUCCUCUUCAUCUUCCUCGUUCUCUGGCAAGCAUACUCCUUACUCCUCCUCUUACUCGCCAAUAUCCUCCUCUUCCUCUUUUAAUGAACCCCAAACGUCCUCCUCCUCGUCCUCUUCCUCCUCCUCCUCCUCCUUCUCCCUCACAAGUUCAGAUCUUCCCCCUGAGAAACACGCUGCCUCCAACCUACCCCAAGUCUCCCCCAACACAAUUAGUGACGCUAACGAGCCCCAAUUCCCAGCCAGUCACCCCCAAGAGAGGUACUCCCCCUCCAGAACCUCCCUCCUGCACCUGGGUAUGGAGGAAGGGAGACGAGAGGAGGGAAGGAGGAUAGGGAGAGGUACUGGAGUCAUCGAGGAAGGAGAAGCUAGCAUGGGAAUAGGAGGUACAGAAGGACAAGGAGGAGGAGGAGGAGGAAAUGAGAGUGGGGCUAGAGGUACUGAAGGAGCAGGAGGAGGACUAGGAGGAGAUAAUUGUAGCCAGAAGCAGCAGGAGACGUCAAAGGAGAGUCACAGUCGCUUCGUCAACAACUACCUGACGAGGCCAUUUGACAGGAGGAAAGUUAACAUUACCAUCGGCCUCCUCUCCUCCUUCAAGUUUAAUAAGUUGGCUUUGGGGGCAUUACCAGUGGCAAUAGAGGACGUCAACAGGGACCCCAACCUCCUGCCUGGCCGGAGACUUCAGUACCAGGUGGCGGACGUCGGGCACAGCGGCUCCGAUGCCCUCGCCGCGCUCUCCAUCAGGCGCAUGACCAUGAUGAGGGACGCCGGCCUGCUCGCGUUCAUUGGGCCUGAUGAUAACUGUGCGAAUGAGGCGCUGGUGGCAGCCGCGUGGAACCUGCCCAUGAUAACUUACCGCUGUGGGGACCAUCACGUGGGAAACAAAACCAAGUACUACACGGUUGCACGCACCACGCCGCCCGCUACCAAGAUCGUCAAGGCCCUCAUCUCUCUUAUGCUCGAGUACCGAUGGAAUCAAUUCGUCCUUCUCACCGAGCAGGCCACCACCUUUGAGCAAAUAAGUGAUGCUGUACAGAGCUUCGCGCACCACCACGGCAUGCACCUCAUCGCCCAGUUCAGCGUUCCCUAUGACUACACGACGAGGCGGUACAACGACAUGCAGAAAUUGGUACAUCGGAGCCUUCAGCAAACCCGCGUGUACGUGGUGGUGGCGUCCUAUGAGGUGCAGUGGGACCUGGUGCUGGCGUUGAGGGAGGCUGCGGGGCCCCUGCUGUCCCAUUACGUGGUGUUGACGAUUGAUGACGAGAAAUACCUGGGCACCAACACCUCCCACGGCAUGCGGAUCCCGGGGAAGCAGGCGGUGGACAUGUCGGAGGAGGUGACAGAGAGGAUUUAUCACGGCUUCCGAGCGGUCCUGAAAAUCACUCCCACGCAUCCCACCAACUCCAAGUACAGAAAAUUUGAGAGGAAAGUUCUGAACCGCAUCAAACAGCAUCCUUUUUGUCUGCCUUACAACCCAAGCAUCUACAGGUAUAUUGAGGUACCCAUCUUCGCAGCACACCUGUACGACGCGGUAAUGAUGUACGCCCAGGUGCUUAACGAUACCUUAGCGGACCCGAACGCGGACCCGGCCAACGGAACGCACAUUCUCUCGCUCAUCCGUAACCGAGCCUUCCAGUCCAUCCAGGGGCCGAAGGUACACAUGGACGAGAACGGGGACGCGGAGGGCACCUAUUCUCUCCUCAGGGUGGCGCGUCUCGGCCCCCGCCACUCGCCUCCUCUCGGUUGGCGCCAGGUGGGACAGUUCCAGUUCCACGAUCGACUCCCCGCUACCCACCCCAAGGACAAUCUGCCGACCCUGAAGCUUCAGUCGCCCAUCACGUGGCUCGGGGACGCACCUCCGAGGGAUGAGCCCCCCUGUGGGUUUCGUCAGGAGAAAUGUCACUACGAUUGGUACCCGUUGGUGAUCGGCCUGGUGGUGAGCCUGGUGAUCCUGGUGGCCGCCCUCUUCCUGGUCAGGCACUACCGCUACGAACACAAGCUGGCGUGUCUGCUGUGGAAGAUUGACAUGCGAGAAGUGAGAAUUAUUAACCCCGAGAUCUGCGCAAGCUCGGAUAACCACACCAAUAACAACACGAUUCCAGUAACAAGACAAAGCAUGCGAGGAGGAGGAGGAAGUGGAGGCGGUGGAGGCAGUGGAGGUGGUAGCCGUCGUGGAGGAGGCGGAAAAGGAGGAGCAAAUACGGGGGAGGUGACAUGUGAGGUUCCCCGGGUUGCCUACUGUCCCAUGGGGGUGUACCGGGGUAACCUUGUUGCUCUGAAGCAUGUGAAGAGGCGCUCCGUGGACCUGACUCGUGCCAUAAGGAAAGAAUUAAAGCAGAUGCGAGAGGUGCGACACGAGAACUUGGCUGUCUUCGUGGGGGCGUGCGUGGAGGCCGGGGGAGUGGUGGUGCUCACAACCUACUGCGCGCGCGGCUCCCUUCACGACGUGCUGAUGAACGAUGACCUACCCCAGGAUGACCUCUUCGGCGCCUCCCUCGUCGCGGAUCUCAUUAAGGCCAUGAUCUUCCUCCACGACAGCGAGAUCGUGUCCCAUGGCAGGCUUCGCUCGUCCAACUGCCUCGUGGACUCGCGCUGGGUGUUGCAGGUUGCGGACUACGGCCUGCACGAGUUCAAAGCCACAACAGAGCAGGAGGUGGACCCACGCAAGAGGCUUUGGACGGCCCCGGAACUCCUGCAGGACCCCUCGGCGCAUCCUAGGGGCACACCGAAGGGGGACGUGUAUUCCUUUGGGGUUAUCCUAUACGAGGUGGUGGGGCGCAAAGGACCCUGGGGACCGCUCCUGCCGAAACUAGGGCCGCUGGAGAUCCUUCGUCAAGUGUGCGAGGAGGGUCUUCGGCCGCCGCUAGAGGGCAUGAAGGCGGCGGAGUACGUGGUGGGGUGCCUGAGGGAGUGUUGGAACCCACUACCUGAGGAGCGACCUGACUUUAAGGGCGUCAGACUCAAACUUAAGGAGAUGCAAGCGGGACUGAAGCUGAACAUCGUGGACAACAUGCUGGCUAUGUUGGAGAAGUACGCCUACAACCUGGAGGGGAAGGUGCAGGAGAGGACGAAGCAGCUGCUGGAGGAGAAGAAGAAGACGGAGAUACUACUACUCAGGAUGCUGCCCAAAUCAGUGGCGGAGUCUCUCAAGAGGGGAGAGCAAGUGUCACCCGAGAGCUACGACAACGUGACGAUCUACUUCAGUGACAUUGUUGGCUUUACUUUACUAUCGGCCCAGUCAACGCCCCUGCAGAUGGUGAACAUGCUGAACGAACUAUACACCUGCUUUGACGCUAUUAUAGGCUACUACGACGUGUACAAGGUGGAAACUAUUGGGGACGCCUACAUGGUGGUUUCUGGGCUGCCUAUAAGCAACGGUAACAGACACGCCGCCGAGAUCGCGUCCAUGGCCCUCAAGCUGCUCUCGGCCGUGAAGGUGUUCAGGAUAAGACACAGGCCGGGCGACACGCUGAAGCUACGCAUUGGGAUACAUAGCGGGCCGUGUGUGGCGGGGGUGGUGGGUCUGACCAUGCCCCGAUACUGCCUCUUCGGGGACACUGUCAACACGGCUUCGCGCAUGGAGUCAACGGGCGAGGAGCUGCGAAUUCACACGUCCCAGGCCCACAAGGAUAUGCUGGACAAACUAGGCGGCUACGUGCUGGUGAAGCGUGGCCUUACCUACGUCAAGGGCAAGGGUCAAAUGAUCACCUGGUGGCUGGUGGGUGAGGCUGAGGGGGAGGAGGAGGACCAGGCAACCACUUCCACCACAACCACCACCUCCACGACAGCCACCACCCCAACCACCACCACAACCAUUACCUCCAUCUCCCCCAACGCUCUCACCCCCUCCACCUCCACCCCAACCACCCCUAACAUUAAGCUCUCCCCCUCCUUCACGAAUGGUCCGACCCACUCCACAUCUCCCCUCCCCCCACGGUCACCCCUUCCACAAUCACCCCACUCCCCUCAUCCGUCUCAUAACCCCCCUCAUUCCCCCCUCCCAUGGUCCCCUCACCCUAUCUACCCCUCCUACUCACCCAUCCAGCACUCCCCACCGUCCCCCAUCGCUAAUCAUCUCCCCCAUUCACCUCUCCCCCAUUCCUCUCACUCCCCACAGUUUCCCCAUCUCUCUCUCACCCCAAAAGUCAACCCCCCAUCUUCCCCCACCCCAUCUAGCUCCCACUCCCAUUACCCAUCAUCGCCUCUCUAAUCUCCCCAUCUCCCCCAUCAUUAUCACCAUUUCUCCACCCUUCACCCCAAUCGCCACGCCAUCGCCAUAAUGUCAAGUAACCAAUCCACAUUCAUCAUAUCAUCGCUAAUAAUGAUAAUAAUGAAGAAUAUAUAUAAUUAGUGUAUUCAUAAACAUUGUCUAUAUAUAUUUAUUUAUUUACGUGCUCUUGAUCUAUAAGUGUUUGUUUGUAUAUGUUGUAAUAAGAGAGAGAGAGAGAGAGAGAGAGAGAGAGAGAGAGAGAGAGAGAGAGAGAAUAUGUAUGUAUGUAUGUAUGUGUGUGUUUUUUUAUGUAUGUAUGUAUGUAUGAGGGUAUAUAUAAUCCACACACACACACACACACACACACACACACACACACACACACACACACACCAUCAUGUUAAUUAAC